AUGGACAAGAAGAAGAAACCCAGUGGUGCAUUUAAACACAAACAACGCCAAGAAAGAGAAGAUAGUAAACAAAAAUUGCCUAGAAUUGACAAGUUUUUUAGUCAGCCUUCUGCAAGUACUUCUGGACAAAAUAUUUCUAUCGAUGGUGACUCGAAUAAUGUGGUAACUGCAGUGUUGGUUGAGAAGCCUACUGAAGAAGAUUAG